AUGGCCGCGGCUGCCUGCAGGGAUGGCAUGAACGGGCACGUUUUUAACGACCGACCGUGCGUCGUUGAGUGGGCGCCGCCGCCUAUAGUUCCCCGGACGUUGGCAAUGCCGGCACAACCACGAGGGAGCGGAGGAGGAGAUGGGUCGAUGCUUCCCUGUCCCCGAGUUGCGGCGGCUCCUCCUCGUCCUCCUCCUCCUCCUCCUCGUCCCGCCGCGGCUCCUCCUCCACCUGCGGCGGCUCCUGUGAACCUGGUUUUCUUUGGAACUCCCCCUCCUCCUGUGAACCUGGCUUCGAUGCUUCCAGGUCUCCUAGUUACGGCUCCUCCUCCAUCUCCCCCACUUGCGGCUCCUCUUCCUCCUCCUCCUUCUAUGAACCAGGCUUCCUUUGGGUCGAUGCUUCCAUGUUCCCCAGUUGUGGCUCUUCCUCCUCCUGUGAACCCGUCUUUCUUUGGAUCGAUGCUUCAAUGUCCCCCAUUCUCGGCUGCUCCUCUUCUUUCUCCUAUUGUGAACCCGGCUACUACAUGUCCCCCAGUUUGGGCUGCUCCUCUUUCUCCUACUGUGAACCCGGCAUUCUUUGGAUCGAUGCUUCAAUGGCCCUCAGUUUCGUCUGCGGCUCCUCUUUCCCCUCCUACUGUGAACCCGGCUGCUCCAUGCCCCCCGGUUUCGGCUGCUCCUCUUACUGUGAACCCGGGUUUCUUUGUAUCGAUGCUUCCUACUGUGAACCCGGCUUUCCUCGGGUCGGAAACGACGUCUGCUGGAGCGGCUGAGAUGUGGCCAAAUCCUGGAAUUGGGGCGCGGUGGGGAGUUGAAGAGCAGCCGAGCAAAGGGGAAGAUUCUGUGCAGCAGGGAGAAGCGAGCAACGAGAAGAAGGGUAGGGCGAAGCCGGAAACAGAUCGGGAGACACAGCGUGAUACAGAAACGGGGCAGAGCAGGAGCCGGGAAGUGGAGAGGGACGAAACGCCGCGGGAGAGACGUAGGGAGGAGAGCGACGGGGGAAGGCGAGAAGAUGCCCGAAAGGGAUCGGCACGGCGCUGGGAUUGGUCAGACGGACACGAUGGAGUGGAGAUGGUGAUCCUGAAACACACUAGUUUUGCUGUUAUAACACAGUACGGACUGAGGUUAACAACAUACUGGAAAAUUACUGGAAGAUUGUGA